AUGGCGACCGAAAAAGCGCCGGCGCCAAAGCCGCCAAAGGUGAAAAAGGACAAGAAGAAGGUUUUUUUUUCCUAUUAGAUAAAAUUCAAAUAAUUAUUCAAGGUUGCUCCAGCGCCAAUGCCGCCGGCUCUACCGAAAAAAGCGCCGCCAAGACAGACGCCGCCGACGACCGCGGAAAAGAAGGGCAUUCUGAGGAGCCUGUCUUUCCAGGUAAGUCCUUUCUUGGAUAUAAAGGUUCAAAUCCAUUUUUCGAGUGAAGUUUUCGAUAGAUACAAGGAUCCCAUUAAGAAAGUCAGAAGAAAAACCCUGAAAUACGAAAAAAAAAAUCCUAAACUUGAAAGAACCAAAAUAAUGGUAGAAGACGUCAUAGGCUUCUAAGGAGCUUGAAUACUCGAAAAAUGAAUUUUUUGAACAUAAGGUCCUAUUUCCGAUCCUUUGAACAGAUUUUCUUCAAAAUUAAGAUUGCAAGACUUUUCAUAGAAUUUGAAUUCAAAAAAAGGCUCCUUCAGAGAAAGUUUAAGGAAGGUUUCCUGGAACUAGAACACCGAAGAUGAUCAAUAAUUGACUCAUAUGAGCUGGAUUUCUGAAUUAUGGCUUUUGAAGUCAUCAAUGAAAAAAAUUGAAAUAUUGUUUUUUUAUUCUCUUACGCCUAUUUUUUCAAAAGAUCAGUAUGAUCCAGUCUUGAAGCGAGGAUAGCAUUCUAGACUCGAAAAAAUACCAAGUUUUACUUUUCCUAUCCCUGGAUAAGAUCCGUUCCUUUACGACCCCACCGCCCAUGCCAUAAACCUCCCAGAAUCCCCCAAUUUCAGUUCUCGAAUCUCACUCGGAAGAAAAGCAACGACUACGACAUGACGCCAGAAGAUUCCACGACGACUACGAAUUCCCCUCUGAACUACGACGACCUGGGGCCUGUCCUAGGCGUUCAGUGCUACGGCUCCUUGUUGAAGAAGUACAAGAGGAAAAAUCGUCCGGCUAAAUGGACCAAGAGGUGAGGAAAAAGAUAGAUUCCCCUUGAAAACUGGGAAAAAUUUCCAGAUUCUUCCUUCUAAAAGAGUGCUUCUUGAUCUACUACAGCACCAGCUUCAAGAAGACUUUUGAGAAGACCAAGCGGAUCGAUCUCCAUCCAAAGGUGCUUUCAAAAAACAAGUCCGGAAUACACUUUUAAAAAUUGAGGAGCGAAUCUUGAAGCUUUGAAAAUGGUAAAGACGUCAAUAGUUAAUUCAAAAAUAAUAUGAAUUUUAAAUUGGAGAAUUUUUUGCGGACCAGUAGUUUAAAAUCAGAUUUUUAACUUCAGCCUAGUCUGAGAAUCACGUCAUAUUAUACUUGAUGACGUCAUCUUUACAUCCGAUGACGCCAUUAAACUAGAAAAAGAACUUUCUCAUUCGUUAUUAUAACCACGUACUCUGUUAAAACAGUUCAAACAAACAUUCAGCUUGGAAUUUUUUUGACGUCAUAGAUCGACUGAUGACGUCAUUUCGAAGAAAAAAAAAAUCCCAUUUCUAGCCACAAAAUAACCGAUGACGUCAUAAAUCCUACAUAUAUUAUUCGCCAUGACGUCACUUUCUUAUCAGAUGACGUCAUUGAACAAAAAAAAAGAAGUUUCUCAUUCGUUAUUGUGACAAUGUACUCAGUUAAACAGUUAAAGAGAGCUUCUAGCUUGGAAGUUUUUGACGUCAUAUAUCGACUGAUGACGUCAUUUCGGUGAAAAAAGGUUAAAUUCCAUUUAUAGUCAUAAAAUACCCGAUGAAGUCCGAAAUCCUACAUAUAUUAUUCUCCAUGACGUCACUCUUCCAUCAGACGACGUCAUUGAACUAGAAUAAAAAGUUUCAAUGUUUUUUUUUUGAAUGUCUAUGUACUUAGUUGAAACAGUUGAAGUAAUCUUCUGACUUGAAUUUUUCUCAGAAAAGGAAAAAGCACGACGUCAUGGAUCCACUGAUAACGUUAGCUCUGUGAAAAAAACGUUGAAACCCAUUUCAAAGUCACAUCGAUUACGUCAUAAAUCCUAUAUAUGUACUACGUGACGUCAUUGAGCUAGAAAAGAGAAGUUUCCAUUCUCUAGAAUUACUACGCACGAACUGUAAUUUUUCGAACAAUUUCUGACGUCACUUCUAUGAAAAAAGGUGGAAUCCCAUUUCCAAAUCAUAAAAAAUCUAUGACUUCAUGACUUCCAGGGAAUCAUUCCCCUAAUCGGAUGCUCGAUCGUCAGCGGCGGCGACGUCGGCAAGAAACACUGUCUUCUCAUCGCCCAUCCUCAAUUCCCGGCCGCAAUCAUCGUCGCUGCUCCCGACUUCGCCGUCCAGGAACAAUGGCUGAAGGCUCUCAGAAGUGCCACCAAAAUGUUCGCAAAAGUCUUGAUUUUCAAAAAGCGACCAAGAUCUUCGGAUGUAAUUUUAUUUUCCAGCUCCUACAAGAACACCCUGGUCGGCGAGACAAUGAUUCGAGAGCUGGAAAGUCGGGGCGUGAUGCUCAACGAGGAGAAGCGGACCUACGAAGAGAGGCUCGAGGCUGAAGCUCGUGCUCGUCAACAGGAGCAUGAGAAGACUACGGUUAGUGCGAUUGGUCUUUCUCGUUAGAGUUUGAAGGACGCUUCUCUAAACUAGAUCUAUGAUUGGCUGGUUUGUUGAAGAAACGUGAAAACUUCAAAAAUGCCUCGUCAGACAGACUAACGAUAGGUAGCCUGGGCAAUCAUGAGAAAUUCAUCUUUUCAACUUCAGAACAUAAAAGCAGCUAUUUGAAGUUUAUUUGAUUAUAUAUCAAGCAGAAAAAUAUUUUCUCCAAAAUUUUAAGCCUUCAAAGUUCUAAAAUUUAGACUGGCAUACAUUAAUAGAACAUGGAUUUCCAGGUUUUUUUUUUACCGUAACUAUUUUUUUUUCGCUUCAAGACCUUCUCCUUCCCUUCUCUUCCUUCUGAACCUGGCUAAUUAUGCGAACUGGAAAAACUCUAGGGGCCCUUUAAGAGGUUCUUCAAGGACUACUUGGAGAGGACACUAAAGUGGCUACUGAACCAGUUCUAUAGAAAUCACUAUUUUGCUUCCUAGUGGCCCCUAUAGUAGUUUUUAGUGGCCUAGUAGUACAUUUUUGACUCCUAAAGUGGUCCUGAAUUCCACUACUGUAGUGGCCACCAAAACGCCAAAAUCCUAAAGGGGUCACUUCCCAGAAAAUCCCCUUGCAAACCUCUCAAAUCCCAGGAACUCGAAAAAGUGAAGGAAGAACUAGAAAUCGAAAGGGAGAAGCUGAUCAGGACCACGAAGAAGCUCAAGGACGACCUCCAAAACGUCAAAAAGUUGGAGUUUUCGAGAUUUCAAGGAACAAUUAUCAACUUGAAGUGAGCUGAAGCUGACCAACGAGAUGAAGAAGACCUUGGAGCAGGAGAAACUGUCGCUGAACUCAAAAACCGAGCAUCUCCAGGCCAACAUGGAGGUUCGUCUCGACUACCAACUUGAUUAUUAUUAUUUUUUUUAGAGCCUCAACAUCGAGAAGGAAAAAGUGCAGGAGCAGUUGGCAGAGAUUGUCAAGGAGCGAGAAGCUUUCCUGAUUGAAAAUCAGAACUUGUCCACGACAACUUGCCAGUUGAAAAAUCGGCUGAUGGAGAUUGAGACCAAGACGAGCUGUAUUCUGACGGAGAAGGAGAAGAUUGAGACUCUGUGGGUAACAUGAGCAAUUAUUGUGUAAAAUGAGUCAUAAGACAUAAAAUAUUAGCAACUAGGGACUAUCAAAAGUCACAGUAAAUGAUUGAAGAAAUGGGAAGACAAUUUUUUUCCCCUUCAAAUUGUAAAAUUCCAGUGCUUGUAAGCUAAGCUAGUCGCGUCAAAUAUGAGCAAAGGUUAGUCAAGAUCGGCAAUUUUUGAAAAAAAAAAAUCUAAAAGCGGAAAAAGGUUCAACUUUUCAAAGUCGGCCAAAAAUCGGAAAAUUUCUGGAAAACUCCUUCCCUUUUUCAAGCUAUGAGUGCCCAUUCUGUAAUAUGAGAAACACAUCAACUGAUAUGAGCAAAAACAAGAAAAAAAGAAAUUUUUUUGAGAAACAAUCUUGCAAUUACUUCUUUAGAAUAUUGAUAACUCAAAUUCAGGAAAUCUAGAGUGGUCCCUACAGGGCUGUUUUUUUUUCCUAAACACUGGAGGGACUACUCUGGCGUUCCUAAGUGAGCAAAGAUUACUCAGACUAGUCAAUUUUCAGCCUCCGUUUGAACGAGCAGAAAACGAUGGACCUUGAGAAAGAAAGACAGUAUUACACUACACAGACCAAGGAACUCAUGGUCAAUCUCAAGGUAAUUUUUACCUAUAUUCCGAGAAAUUUGAUUAAUUUUCCAGGAGGUCAGCGAGCAAAAAGAAGUUACCGAAUCAGAGCUCCGGGAGCAGAUGAUGGCUAGGAUGGGCGCCGAAAUGCAGUUACAGGUUGGAGAGAAUGACGUCAUCAUUCAAAAACAGUCCUAAAUGACAUCAUAUCUUAUGACGUUUUAUGAAGUCAUCGGCCACAAAUCGGAAAGUGCGAAAGAAAAAAAAAACAAACGUGACAACUUAUUUCUGACAUCAUCAAAAUGACAUCAUUAAACUUAUUUGGUUAAAAAAUGACGUCACCGGUCAACUAUUCCUUAUUUAGGCUGCCGAAAAAGCCUUGGAACAUCUCGAAAUGGCUUUAAAAAUGACCGGGGCUCAAAUGACAGAGCUCCAAGAGCACAUAAUGCCCGACGUCCACAAACUGAGAGGUAAACCCCCCGAGGAAUCCCUCAAGUGACCGCUUCAGAAUUUUUCGAGCAAUGCGCCGAGGACGCCAAGUACGACGCAAACAGGACCGGUAUCAUGCGACAGGCGAUCUACGCUCGCAGGUUCGGUUCCUCUCCGCGUUUUUGCCAUUUUGAUUCAAUGAGAUGAGCAGUUGCAGCGCCUAUUUUUUACUACGGAAAAAAAAGCUUCUGAAUUUUAGGUUGAGCCCUAAUAAAUUGGCAUAUUUUCUAAGCUCGCAGGUUCGGUUCCUCUCCGCGUUUUUGCCAUUUUUGAUUGGAUGAGUAGUUUUGGCGCCUACUUUUCUCACGGAAAGAAGCUUUUUAUAAAUUUUAGCUUGAGCCUCAAUAAGUUGGCAUAUUUCCUAAGCUCGCAGGUUCGGUCCCUCUCCACGUUUUUGCCAUAAAUUAACGAAAAAGAAGCUCCAUAGCGUCUAUUUUCAUUUAGGAAUCGCUAUUUUAUUUGUUUUGGCGAGCUGUUUUUUCUCAAAGUUAAGCUUCAAUAUUCCAUUCAUAGCCAUUUCCAUUGCCAUCCAAUUUUAAUGGAGCUUCCUUCAUUCAUUUAAAAUAACAAAACAAGCUGUUUUUCUCGAUUUUUUGGAGCUAAAAAAAACUCUGCAGGUCAAUACUGGACAUGAAAAUCUUCAAGAAAGACGACGAAUCGUUGCGUAGGUGA